AGGUACAUGCCGAAACACUUUUAGCAUUGCAUCUCUUUGACUUCCAAUAAAUGGGCUUCGAAUUCUCAAAAACACGGUUGCUUUGUUUGUCCUAUAUUUUGUAUAUUUUGAAGGUUUGAUUUGUAGCUAGGUAGUAUUGGUAUCUGUUCUUUAUAAUUCAAUUUUAAGUAUCCUCAACUGGAUGUGCUAUUGUUUGUAAAACCUUUGCAGUCUAUGAUGAUUUUAUUAAUCCUCUGUUUGAUUGCGGAGCAAAUGAAGUGCUAGAUGUUAAGAUUCGGGAUCAACAUAUCUGGGCAGAAAGUGAAAUUCUUUACUUCUAAAAUCUAUGUUAUUCUGAUCAUACGAACUUGGCGUGUGCGUGUGUUUUCUUAUCAUUUUACGGAAGAUAAUCAUCUAUAGAAGUAUUAUGAAAGAUCCAGAGGAUUUUGAAAGAGGGGUGGGAUGUUCAGUGGGAUCGGGAAAAGGGGUCUGAAUUUUGAAACGGUUAGUGCUGCGCAGAUGUUCCUUUUACUGGAGGGAUUUUCGUAGUUAUUUGUGAAGCAUGGUGGGGGAAGGAGGGGAAAUACUAGUGAAAGGCUUGAGAAUGUAUCAUGGGGGGAGAAGGAAAGCCAUUACGAUCUGGAGCUUGCAUGCAUUUUCGUGAAUGCGAUGCGUAGAAAUUGUUACGGCAGUUGAAUUUAGUAAAAAACCAAUACUAGAUGAAGAAGGCAUGCUAGUGUGAAGGAAGAGCUUCAAUAUACAUACAUACAUACGUACAUACAUAUAUACAUACUGCGGUAUUGACAAUUAGAUUUGACUGGUUCUGCAGAAAUUAUUCUUUCCUGUCUGUACGCCUCUGUCACGCAAUGGAGUCUAAAAAUGGGGUUACUUUGGUGGAUGAGAGUUGUGUUAUUGAGAGAAAAUAUGUGGAAGAAUCAGCUGUGGACAUGAACAAAGAGAGUGAGAAUGUCCAUGACUCUGAAGUUCCCUCCAUGAAUGGAAUAUCUGAACCAGUCAAGAAAGCUGAAAGCUUUAAUUCUGCUGAAGUGAUGGUUAAAGCCUCUGCAACAGCCUGUACAAGUAAAAAUUCAAAAUCUACAAAGGAACCCGGAACUCUACAUGGGGAUUCUCCAAAGACCAAUAAACUGGCCAAGAAUAAAGCCAAUCUGAAAGCCACGACUCCAUUUUCUCGAAACCGGAAAUCAGUCCUCUCACAGAGUCUUUCCUUCCCAGCAAGAGGUGGUCAUUUUGAUGUUACGAACAAGAGCAUUGAUGUGUAUCCAGUGAAAAGAGAAGACAAAGAUGCUCAAAGACACGUAACUUCCAGUUUAAUUAAUCCAAACAGCCCUGCAUCCACCGGAAUCCCCUCCAAGGCUGCAAAUACAACAAUAAGUGGAGCUUCUGGUCGGCGGAAUUCUUCAGCAUCCAUGCCUAGUAUUAGACGCACUGUGCCUGGGAAGUCCGGUUCUUCGAAUGAAACUAGUAACUACCGCCCUGAUGAGGAAUCCCUAUCAUCGGUUAAUCAGGACUUGAAUUCUAUAAAAGCAGCACUGCUGGCGAAAGAGGAGGAUGAUGUUCGCUCCAUAACUUCAAGUGCUACUCCUCGUGAGCGGAGGAGCAGCAGUUUAGGAUUUUCUUUCAGGUUGGAGGAACGAGCUGAAAAGCGAAAGGAGUUCUUUUCAAAAUUAGAAAUGAAGAUUCAGGCCCGAGAAGUAGCAAUAACUGACUUGCAAGCAAAAUCAAAGGAAAACCAGGAGGCGGAGAUCAAGCGACUGAGAAAAAGCCUGACAUUUAAAGCUACACCGAUGCCAAGCUUCUACAAAGAGCCACCUCCAAGAACUGAAAUAAAGAAGAUACCAACCACACGCCCAAUAUCUCCAAAGCUGGGAAGGCAAAAGAGCUCUGUGACGGUGAUAAACAACUCUUCUGAAGGUGAUGGAUCUGAUCUUAGCCCACGUCCGAACCCAUCUCCGAAGCUCGGGAAGAACAAGAAUUCCAUUACCGUAAACAACCCUUCAGAAGGCAGUGGGUCUUGUCGUAGCCCACAUCUUAACCGAGAACAGAGCGAUUCAAACAAAGGGUUACGAGCAGAAUCUGAUAAAAAUGUUGUUGCUUCAAAGAAACCGAUUAGAAAGUCCCAACCCAAGCUUCAGACUCGGGAAAUUGCUGCCACUAGAACUGAAAAAGAGCCUGCCAAGUCUGAAACAGAGGCCCCGGGAGAAGAUAAAGCAUCCAGGGGAAAAAAUGAAGAAAGCCAGAACCCAUCUACGUGUCUUUCGGAAUGCAAAGAUAAUAUAGACCCAGAAUCUGCAAUGGAUACCGCCAAGAACAACAAUGCAACGGUUCUGAAUUCACCUACCCAUGAGAUUAUGCCACAUGAAGUUUCCGUUGGAGGUUACCGUUAAAGACAUCAUUUUGGACCUUAUAUUGCAUAGGUUUAAAGUUUGAAGUUUCAUUAAACUUUUCAGAAAGAAGAGAGUUCCCUGUUAUUGUGAAGAAAAAUUCUUAUCAUCAGUCACUAUUCAUCACUCCACACUCCACACACAUCUUAUGAAACAGAAAAACAUCACAUACCUUAUGAAAAACAACCCACAUUCUCUAUGAAAAAGCUAUAAAUGUGGAGUGUGAGAUAUCUACAGUGACUGAUCUGUAGAAUUACUCGUUUGUGAAUAUUGUGGUUUUGAGAAAAGCAUGCAAGUCGAAUAUUUUGUUAAUGUACAAGUUGAUAUGAUUAUACUCGGUCUCUUUUGCAUCGUUGUAUCAUUGCCAUAUGGAAGUGUUUGCCGCAGUAAUCUAUUCCACUUUCACGCGUAGUUUAAGUUAAUGAAUCUGCUGCUGAGUGCUGCAUGAUAUCAUCAUUUGCAGGCAAUUGAUGAUGAGCCCUUCUUUUUU